UAUUAGCCUUCUCAUUAGUAGUGGCAUUCAUCUUUUGAUUGUUAUGUUGACUAACUAAAUUCUGUAAUUAAUGUGGUUUAUAAUGCACAAGUAGAUCUCUGUGAUGAUGAUAAGCACUAUUUGGCUGAUCACCCUGGAUUGAUGCCUGUGACAACUGCACAAGGUGUGGAACUCUCUAAACAGAUUGGUGCUACAUAUUAUAUAGAAUGCAGCUCAAGAACUCAGCAGGUUAAAACAACCAACCCCAAAAAAUAUUGUGUCUGUCCCAAUGUUGGUGUCCUUUUGCCUCGAACCGCACGCAAUGUUACCGUUACAAUGCAAGCUCCAAAAGAGGCACCCCCUGAUUUGCAGUGGAAGGACAAAUUUCUACUUCAAAGUGUUGUUGCACUGGAUGGUGCAACCACAAAAGACAUUACCCAGGAAACGCUUAACAAAGAGGAUGGUAAGGUUGUGGAAGAGUUUAAGUUAAGGGUCAUUUACAUUCCUGCAAAUCCCCCAUCACCUGUCCCUGAAGAAUCUUAAGAAGGUUCUCCUCCCAGAUCAUCAGUGCUUGAGAAUGGGCAUCAAAAUCAGUUAUUGUUUGAUGCUGCCACCAUGAGAAGUGGAAUAAGUCACCAUACGCCACCUCACGGUCCCCUAUUUUAGUAAUCCGAAUGGUGUUCAUUUCAUGCCAUCUCUCUGAGGUUGUUUUGAUGUUUGUGAGGAUGAUGUUAUUGUGAGUAGUCCAAGAGCUGUGGAUCAAGAAAAUGGAAGAAAUGAGGGUGAGAGUUCAGGACAGAGCUGUAUUUUACCACAGCGUGUAAUUUCUGAGCAUAAAAAAGUUAUGAGCAGUUCAGUACUAGCAGAGAAUGCUCUAUCUCCU